CGUGUUAACAGGCAUGAUGUCAUCUCUUUCUCACAGGGAGGAGGGUCAGGAGGGGGAGGAGGGACCUGUCGACCCCCCGCCCCCCUCCAGGGAGAGAGACAGGUCCCACAGCAAGACCAAGAAGGCUCGCAAGGAGCGUCUCCAUGCCGACCGGGGGGCGGAGACCGCAGCCUCUGGGCCUCAAUCAGGGGCGGAGCCACAGGGCCAGGUGUCGGAGCCGGUGGCGGGCCCCUCAGAGCCGGGGUCGGAGUCGGCAGCUGGCAGUGAGUCUGCAGGUUCUCCCAGGCAGCGGCGUUCUGUCAUCCGGGACCGAGGGCCGCUGUACGAUGACCCGUCACUGCCUGAAGGCUGGACUCGCAAACUCAAACAGAGGAAGUCCGGACGCUCAGCUGGCAAGUUCGAUGUCUACCUGAUCAACUCAGAGGGGAAAGCGUUUCGUUCCAAGGUGGAACUCAUCGCCUACUUCCAGAAGGUCGGUGACACGACCACCGACCCCAACGAUUUUGAUUUCACUGUCACUGGACGUGGUAGCCCCUCCCGCCGCGAGAAGCGUCCUCCCAAGAAACCCAAGGUGGUGAAACCAUCGGGGCGAGGCCGGGGACGGCCCAAAGGAAGUGGGAAGAUGCGGCAAGCUACAGAGGGCGUGGCCAUGAAGCGUGUGGUUGAGAAAACUCCAGGCAAACUGCUGGUCAAGAUGCCCUUUGGCAAGGCAGAGUCCACCACCGGCACCACCUCCACUGCCUCAAAGGUGGCGUCUCCAGCCCUGGUGCCCAAGUCCCGUCCUGGCAGAAAGAGGAAAUCAGAACAGGAACUUCCAGCCCCGCCACAGACUGCCCCCAAGAAACGGGGAAGGAAACCAGCCUCGGCCUCAGCAGCGUCAUCAGUCGCUGCAGCAUCCACCUCCACGGCGUCAGCCUCUGGUAGCUCCACAGCUGGGAGCUAUGCUGCAGCUGCCAUUUUAGCCGCAGAGGCAAAAAGGAGAGCAGCCAAGGAGUCUUCCACCAAACCUGUUGUCCAGGAAACAGCCCUGCCAAUCAAAAAACGCAAAACAAGAGAGACAGUUGAGGAGAGGGAGAGCGUUCAGACUCCGACUGCUACGACCACUGAGACUGAAAGAAGGGUCGCUGCAGAGGGGGAGGCAGAUAAAGGGGAGGGAGCGCCGACCUCAGACCCUCAGCCCGCCCCCUCUGAACAGAGCCAGUCACAAUCGCAGAGGCAGCCCACUGCUUCAGAGGAAAGCCAACCACAUGGACACAAGGCGCAUAAAGGGAGGAAGCACAAGGAGAAAACGGGAACAGCAGCAGGAGAUGGAAGGAGCAGAGGAGAGGAAGUGGAGGAAGAUGUAGGUGAUAAGGGAGGAGAGGGAGGAGCUGGAGGAAGGAGUAGCAGCAGCAGCAGUAGCAUUAGCCCAUCAAAAAGCCACAAAAGGAAGGAACGGCCGCCUCACAAACACCACCAUCACCAUCACCACCACCAUCACCAUCAUCACCGCCACCAACAUUCCUCUGCCUCCACACUGGAUCAGCCUCCUCCUCCUCCAGCCCCUGGACCCCCAGCACCCUCCAGCCAGUCCAGGCCUGAAGUCAAGCCCCAGACUGUGCCUCAGCCCACCACUCAACAGCUGCAGCACACCCAGCAAACUCUCCCCAGACCACAAUCCAAGUCUGCCCCCCAGUCCCCACCUGAACCUCGACAUCCUUCUCCUCAACCGCGGCACCAGCCCCAAUCCCAUUUCCAGCAGCAUCCUCAGACCCAGUCUCCCAGUCAUCCUCAAGCCCACCCUCGAUACCCAGCAUCCCAGCCCUCACCUACCAGGCAUGUCUUGUCCCAGUCAAGGUCCCAAGCACUCCCACCCCAAAUUCACAGUCAGACCCAGGCCUCCCCCCAAAAAACCCAGUCACAACCAGUCCACUCCCCUGCCCAGCACCAAAUCCAGCUUCAGGCUCAGCAUGCUCCCCUUCAGUCACACCCUCCUCAGUCCCCAUCCACGCACGUCCCUCCUCCCCCACCCAGGCAUCCACAUCCACAGCCCCAGUCCCCCACAGUCCUUCAGCCUCAAACCCAGCCCCGGCACCCAUCUCAACCCCAAACCCAGCUCAAACAACAAUCUCAACCCCAGCCUCGGCAGUCACUGCAGCCUCAACUCCAACCCCAAGCCAGGACCUCAGCCCAGCUCCAGACUCAACUGCAGCCUAGAACCCCUGCCCAAAUGCACCCUCAGACCCAACCCAGGCUUCCAACCCAAACACCACCUCAACCCCAAUCCCGGACCCCUGCCCAAGUUCCACUUCAGCCCCACUCGAGGAUCCCAGCCCAAAAUCCACCUCAACCCCAGUCCAGGACCUCAGCCCAAACUCAGCCUCAAACACAGUCCAGGACCCUAGCCCAAGUUCCACCUCAAACGCUGUCUAGGACCCCAGCCCAAACUCCAUCUCAAACACAGUCCAGGACCCCAGCUCAAGCUUCACCUCAAACACAGUCCAGGACCCCAGCCCAAACUCCACCUCAAACCCAGUCCAGGAUUCCAGCCCAAACUCUGCCUCAACCACAGUCCAGGACCCCAGCCCAAACUCCACCUCAAGUCCAGUCCAGGACCUCAGUCCAAACUCAACCUCAGCUGCAACCUAGGCAUCAAGCGCAGCCCCAACCACAGACAAGGCUCCCAUCGCAACCCCAGACUCAAUACAGACCGCAACCCCGACAGCCUCUGUCCCAGCCUAGGCCCCCCCAGUCCCAAGCACAACCACACUUUCAGCGGAUUCAAACACAGCCCCACCCCCAGCUCUCCCGGCCUCACGUGCAGCACUUCCCGUCCCACCGACCAUCUCCCAGUCUAACAAGGACCAACCUGGUCCCUUCUCAGCAGAACCAGAGCGAACAGCCCCAAGAUCUUAGCACCACCCGCCCUGGCCGAGGAAGCCUGCUGCCGAGCCGAGACAUCAGCGUCAGGGCGGAGGGGAGAGGGGAGCCGGCCAUGUCCUCAGACAGAGGAGAGGUUUUAGGAGGGGAGAGAGGGUCAAACAGCACCUCUAGGCCUCCCAGCUCGAUGCCCUCUGGACCUCCAGGUGGAGGCGGGGCCGGGGUCGGUCACGCUUCCGGGGCAGACGGUAGAGCUAGACUCCGGGCGGAGCCAGAAGCAGCAGGUGAGGGCAGGGAGCUCAGAGACAUCGUCCCCCAGUCUGCCGUCCCCUGUCCCAGCCGAGAAGAAACGGUAGAGUCACGGACUGCCGUCAGCGAGAGGGUCAGCUGAUUGAUCGGGCUGAGGAUCAGCAGACUGAUGGACUGAUUCAGCACCAGGUGGAAGAGGAGUGUGACCGGGCUGUUCACGGAGGUCUAAAGAUUUUACACUGUUUUCAGAUGGAAGGAUAACGUCACACAGAGCUGGUAGGACGUGCUGCAGCUUCUUCUCCGUCUGAUUCUGUCUGGAGACUCUGUAAAAGUUCUGGAUUUGAGAAGUAACCUGGUGUGAGAGACAGCUGGAGAGGAGGACGGAGUGUCUUUUUCUAGGAAAAACAAACAAAGAGGAAAAAACGAUAAAAAAGUGUGUGUAUAUAUACUCAAAAGGCAGCUGUUGUGUCCCGCUAGUCUCCGAGGGGAGGGGGGGAGUAGUUUGGAACUAAAAACCGCUUAACAACACAUUACUCUGAACGAAACGUUGCUUCCGGAAUAUAACCUGUUUCUGUUUUUUAUUUCGUAUUUUGAUAGUUCAUUGUUUUGUCUCUGUUAUACAGCUUUAAACUCUUAUAUUACUGACUGACGGUCCCUAACUCAUGGCAGUGCUGCUGACUGACAGUCCCUUAUUUAAAGUCCCGUCUCUCACUAAGACUCCUCCUACUGACUGACGGUCCGUUCUGAAACUAGUCUUUGACUGAAAGCCUCAGAGGUGAUGCGGGGCGGUGGUUUGCACCUUUAACUGGUUUCGUAGAAAUCUCACAUUUCUUUUUCUCUGUUUUCCAUUACAGUAAACAAAGAGGGCGUCUGUAAUGUUUUCCAUCCACGUUCAGACCACCCCCAACAGGUAGCGUCAUGACUCUACACAGACCUCUCUCUUAACUGAGGUUUUCAAACCCAUUCUGAAUAUCGUUUGAAAUAUUUGAACAGCUUGAGGCUCUCUGGAUUCGUCCUAUCAGACGCUGUGGAGUCGGUUGUCUGAUAAGAAAACUUCAAGUGCUCCUCAUUCGAGUAUUUCAAACGCAGCGAUUGUUCUUCCAGGUUAGAGAUUCUUCCGUACCGGUCUUCAUGGAAUCUGUUUAUUUCAGUAGUGUUUUUUGUUUCCAAAGGAAGCGCUUUUAAUGUCAAACCAAACCCACUUUUACAGUAGCUUUAUUUUAGUUU